UUCGAUCCGAGACAGCGCGUACAUCUACUACGGUAUUAGUAGUGCUGGAGAAGUUUCGUUCGCCGUUGAUCCAAAACAUGGCGACAACUGGUUCUAUUGUUUGAGAAGAAAAAAAAAUCGGGGUGCAAUUCUUAUUAUUCCGUAUUUCACGAUUCGUAACCGGAUUGCCAGUAGCCAUCGGAUAUGCAACUAUUGAUCUACAGCGCGAUCGGUUAAUUUGUGCUGAACGGUGUCUCUAGUUUUUCGGUGUGGUGCCUGCUUUGCAUCAAGGAAUAUUCUUUUUCUUCCGGUGGGAGCAGCCGCUGCUAGUAAGAAAAAAAUAAGAAGAAUACCAAGUUGAGAAGAAAAUUCUCUGCGGGAUCUGGUGUUGUCUAGUUUAUCUGACGGGAUCGUUCCUAUUAUUUUUGCUAUCGGAACGUAUGCGGUUUGCUACGCCAGUAUAUAGUUCACGGGGAUUCGUUAAAUGAAAAUUUGUUUUUGCCAUUGCUCGCUAGCCCGGAUCGUGCCGAAAAACGAGAGUGCUGUGCGGAGUUCGGAGCAAAAAAAAAACAGCCAUUAAUAAUUUAUAUUGUCGGUGAAGAAAUUGGACCUGCCGAUGAAGUGUUCGAAGGUGUUUUGUGCUAAUUAUGAAGUGUAAUUUUUGUGCGUCGGAAUAGAAAGAAAAUGAUUUUAUUCUGCAAGUGAUUGCUAACAGCAGUGUAAUUCGGUCUCGGCUGGCGGAUCCCUGCUAGUGUUUCCCGGUUGAAAGUUUUCCGGAAAAUCCUUUUGGUGUGCUAAACCUGCCUAUAUUUUCACCGCUGUCUGCAAAUCGCAAUUGGGAAAACCUUCAUCUCCCAUUUUUUUCAAUCAUCCGACGAGUAGCAGCUGCACUCAUACAGCUGCAAAUUCCAGUCGAAGCCAGAAGGCAAAGUUGCAUCGCGUGUACCUUUCCGUAUGGGUCCAUACCCAGCAUAAACACCAGCAGAGGCAGAGUGUGGAUAGCAUAGAAGAUAAAUUUACACAAAGGGAAUUCCCUUUUUGCUUCAGCAACAGCGAAAAAGGAGCAAAAUUCCCUCCCUCACCUUGCUCGGGCCUACAAAAAUCCGGCCUCCGCCCUGUGCUCAGCUCUCUUUUUUGCCGCUCUUGGCGUAGAGUUCUCUCGUCCUGUUGGGAAAUCGCAUAGGGAUCCGUUCGAGCACACCCUUCCGUGAAGUAGGACAACACGCUGAAAGGACGCACAAUUUCCCUGUCAAAAGUUGUUAUGGUCGGUGCCGUCGUUGCCUGUUGGGUGUGUAGUCAAAUAUAGGGAACAUCGAUAAUAAAAGUUCAGCUCGUACCGGAAAAACGCAGGACACUGCUGAAAACAAAAAAAACGUAAAUCGCACAAAAGUUGCGAACGGUGAAGAAAGAGAGAGAGAGAGAGAGAAGUAAGCGUUAUCCGGAAUUCUGUUGCAAGGAGAAAACGAAGAAAAGGGAAGUCAGAGUGGCAGCGACAACUACGAUUAAGGUAUCACCUUCAGCAGGGCCGAGAGUUGCGCAGAACGGAGCGGACACAGCUGCAAGAAAUAUGUGCGAGCAAAGCAUAAUCGGCGCCCGUGCCUCGGUGAUGGUGUAUGACGACGGCCAGAAGAAGUGGAUCCCGUCGGGCAGCUCGUCCGGCCUAAGCAAGGUGCAGAUCUUCCACCACCAGCAGAACAACACAUUCCGAGUGGUCGGCCGUAAACUGCAGGACCACGAGGUCGUCAUCAACUGCUCGAUCAUCAAGGGUCUCAAGUAUAAUCAGGCUACGGCGACGUUUCACCAGUGGCGAGAUUCAAAGUUUGUGUACGGGUUGAAUUUUUCCAGCCAGCAGGAUGCAGAAGCGUUCGCCCGAGCCAUGAUGCACGCGCUGGAGGUGCUGAGCGGUCGUGUUCCUCCGCCGUCAUUACAGACGAAUCCGAAUCAGAACCAAAUGGCCUAUGACGAAGAUAUGGGAUAUCGCACAAUGACCCGGGAAGAUGCGGCCAUAAUGCAACAACAGCAACAGCUCACGGGCCAACAAGCACCCCCGCAACCUCCUGGAAUGCCCGGAGCACCUGGAAUACUUUCGCCUCAAACACCAACUUCUCAGGGUAUCACUCCCGGUGGACAGGGCGUCGGUGGAAGUGGUGGUGGAAUCAUCGGUAUGCCUAGUGCUGGAAUCAAUCAGCAGCAGCAACAACAGCAACAGCAGCAACAAACUCAUCAUCGCACUAGCAGUGCUCCGCCGGUUCCCCAACCGCCAGUUCUUCCAACGCCACAACAGAAACCAAUUUAUGCAUCACAACAAAGCAACACCAGCACAAACAGUAUUACUUAUGGAAGCAACUCGCAACCACAGUAUCAACAACCAAUUUAUGUAGCAUCGAAUCAAAAUCAAUUGAUGAACCAGAUGGCCUCGCAAAUUCCAGCGCCACCGAUGCCAAACGGUGCCAUUUACGCCACGGCAACAAGCUCGCCAAACGCGAGUAGUAAUGUGAAUCCGAUCUACGCCGGCCAACAGCUGAUGAUAAUGCCUGCAGGACAGACUAACAGCUACGGACAGACGAAUGGCACGUAUGGCGGUCAAUCGCAGUACGGCAUACCACCGGUUCCACAGAUGCCAAUCCAACAGAUUCAACAAUUGCAGCAACAACAGCAGACACCACCUCAACUGCAGCAGGUGAACGCCCCACCGCAAGCACCACCGCCACCAAUGCCACCAGCUUUUCCACUUUCCGCGCCAUCCAAUGUUCCACAGCCUCCUGCACCUCCAAUACCCCCGGCCAAUGCUGUGGCACCUCCUCCACCACCACCCCCACCCGGUGCCAAUUUACUCGGUUCAAAAGGCUCAGAUGGAGGAAUAAACUCUCUUGCGCUACAGCUAGCCAACGCCAGGUUAAAACGGAGUCAACCACCGAAGUCGACCACCCCGGCACCACCGGUUUCCACCGUUACGGAAAACAGCGGCAGUAGCACCUCUAGCGGAGGUAGUGGUAAUUAUGGAACAAUAGGGCGAUCAUCCUCCGGUAUGGCAUCGAUGAUGGACGAAAUGGCAAAAACGUUGGCACGACGACGAGCACAAGCAGAGAAGAAGGAGCCGGACUCCAACGAUGACCCACAGUCGACGUCACGCCAGCGAGCUUGGGAAAAAUCAAGCACACUACCCCACAAACUAAGCGGUAGCAAUCAGAACAACACCAACAGCAGCAGUCUGAGUGGCUCAGAGUCGCCGAAACCGUCGCGAAAACGGUUCGGUAGUGCUAGUGAAGAAACGAUACUGAAGCAAAUCAACGGAGACAGUUUUUCGUUACCUAGUUCGGUUGAACUGGAUAACUUCAAGGAGGAGCUGAUGCGGGAGAUGCGCAACGAAAUUGCGAAAGCGAAACAGGAGAUAAUAGAAGCUAUCAAAUCCGAGUUCAAUCGGAGGUAAAAACGUUGGCCUCGAGUGGCACGCGUACUGAACAUGUCAAGGCUGGAUAGUAAAAUUUUCAAGAACCGUAGUUGGGAAGUCGGACAUGCGCUGGGGCAUGUGGGAUUCAAGUAGAACGUUUUAAGAACACACCAGAAUUAGUCUCCCGACGACGUACGCUGUAUAGUGCGUACAUAGCAACGGAGGGCUCUCUUUUUUUAGUUUUCUAGACUAGAUCGGACGGGUCGGGUAGCCGCGCACCCUAGCCGGAUUUCACCGGUGUUUUUUUUUAUUCAUUUGUAAGCGAUAAUUCGAUUUGCAGUGCAAGAACGAAUGUGCUGAGGGCCGAUACAUGGUUAAUCAAUCUAAGCGUUGCAUACAUGCAAGUAUGAGAGUACAGAUUCAAACAAUUGAUAAAUAUACAACUUUAAUGGAAACAACUACCGACUAUUGGCAACCGGAAAAUAAAACAAAUAAUCGAAUAAAAUACGCUCAUGAUCAGCAGAGAUUGGAGUGAACCAAAGCUACCGUUGGUAAACAGACACCCGAAGCGAUUUCGAAGAAAAAACAUUUUCAUGUACAGGUAGGCUUCGUUUUUUUUCAGGAUGAAUUAUUUGGUCAUCGGUCGAAUCUGAGUUCUGGUUUCUAUCAAUCAAAAACUUUUUUUUUUUGAAUUUCGGUUCUCCGUGUGAUAGAAUUGGUCGGUCUUAUAUUGUAAAUCAAUUGCAUACAAUUCUGUAGAGUAGUGAUUCCGACCCUUUUGUUUACCGCGUAGUGCGGAAAAUAGCAGUAAAAUAUUACCCGUAAUUCAGCAAAACCGAUUGUACACGAUAGAAACACUUGAUUAAGAUGUUAUUCCUUUUUUUCUGUACAAUUCUCCAGCUUUCAGUGGUACACUCGCCAUAAGGUUCCGUAGGUUCAUGUUAGUUUCGAAGAGUUUCCGCUUUACUAGACACCGGUACUUCUCUAUUGGGGGAAGUUUUGGACAGUUUGGUGGAUUGACAGUUUUUAGCACGUAUUUGCCCUCUUGUACCUUAUACCCAAGUAGCAAACAAAACAUGUUAAAAUUGACAUGUUUCGAAAUUGCUACAGAACAUGUUUUUUUUAAAUAUUUUAGUCGUUUGGCAUUGAAUGUAAAAAUCGUUUGAUUAUGUUCCAAAUAGGUUUUUUACCUGACUGUAUAAAAUGGUUAAUUGAGCAAUUUCACAUCCAAAUUUCUCGCAACAAAUAUGAAUUUUAACAUUUCUUUACGUUUCGUCUUAGACUCGCCAGUGCAGAGCAGUUCAAAUUGAACUGCUUACUGCAAACCUCGGCAGUUCGAUGUAAAGGUAGCGCAAUUUGCGAAACACUUCUCAAUUGCGCCGAAGCGCAAUGUCUAAUCUGACGUCUUGGCGGAAAACGCAUUUGGUGACUUUACUGGCCGACCACAGUUUUUGGUAAUUUGGGGGUUUUGAUUAAAACCCAUUUUUGUGCUACAGGCGCACAUAACCGAUUUCAACAUUUCUUUAUGUCGUUUCGUCUUAGACUCGUCAGUGCAGAGCAGUUCAAAUUGAACUGUUUAAUGCAAUACAUAUGACUUCUGUGAAACAUAUCAAACGAAGAACUUGUUGCACAUCAUACAAGCAAAGUGCGCUUUUCCGGUCACACAAUCGUUACGAGAAGAAUUAAAAAAUAUAAUACAAGAACUAUGCUCACUACUUGAGUACCAUUCCAGGACGGAUUUUGCAUUGUGCCAAGAGUGAGAGAGUGUGGCUUCUGAUGAAUGAUUGCAAUCCCUUACGUAGAUAUUUUUUCACGUACACAUCCUUAUCGAUAGUACCGAUAGAAACUAAACAUUCAAAUUUUCGACCACAGUUACAUAUGGCCUGCCAAAUCAAAUAAUUCUUGCGGUAAAAAGAACCAGAUCCAGAGCUGCUUAAAGUCGUCGAAUCCGUGCUUUUGCCACCAAAUUUUCAAAAGGACCUAAAUUCAAUUGACUUUGUAUCAUUUCUCUUUCGAAUAUAUCGACAGGUCACAUAAACCAAUGCGACUAUCGCUUUGUUUACUUUCUCUUCUGCUAAGGGCGGGUUGGGUCUAACACUUUUUAAAAAUCAUUAAGUUUUUUUCUUUGUAUUUUCUUAUAGUAAAAAAUUUCAAGAAUAUUCUGUGAAAUUUUCAAAACUAUCGGAACAAAACUCUGCAAGUUAUGGGCCUUUAUCUUUGAUUAUCUUACACUGCGAAGAAGAAAGAACUCGGCACACAGGCCCAAGAUUUCUGCUUCUAUUGACUUAAGAACUUGACAAUACAAUCUUGAAAUGUUUCAUUAUUACAAAAUACAAAAGGAAAAAUAUGUUUUUUUAGAAUGUUAGAGCCUACGGGCUCCCUAGAGUAAUAAAUAAAUUUUACAGACAUAAAACUUUAAACGCGUUUUUCUCGAAAGCAGGUUUCGAAAGUCUGUGUUUAUCGUCAUUCAAAAAGUAGUGCAUAAUUUUUUUUCUAAUUUUGCACACACUUUCUACAUGUAAAAUAUCAGACCCCAAAGCUUUCCUUUUUUUUGUUUGUUACUUUGGGGAAAUUUUACAGCUACAAAAAGGCGUAUUUUUUCGUGAAAAAUCGUACUUUUAACUUUAAACAACCACCAAAAAUUCAAAAAAGAAUUAAAAAGAAUUAAACAGAAACGUUGGAGUCUAGAAAAACAUUUACUCUAUCUACACUGCUUCGAUUUGGUAACUUCUGAUUAGUCUGCGCUGAGAUACAGUGGACACCGCAAAUCAUGACUUUUAGGAAGUGUUCUGAAAAUACCUCUUUCUCAAUUUCUCGAGUUAUUCCUCAAUAUUUUUCCACAAAUACAUCAUUUUGACCCUACCCCCUUAAAUUAAAAACUCCUUAAUUCUCACGUUUUCUUGCAGAAUAUUCGUGUAGAAUGGAAACCAAUAUUUCUUUUUUUUUAACAGUACCAGAUAUGUAACCAACUUUUCUAUAAUAACAAAGAUUUUGCCGACAGAGAAAGUAAAAAAAGAGAAUCUGCUAAUUGAUUUUGAGACCCUUUUGAAAUGUUUACGUCGAUAUGCGCCUUAUUUAUUCCAAAUGUUCGUAUGUUGUAUUGUUAGUAAAAAAGAAAGUAUUAGCUUUUAUUCCACACGAAUAUUCUGCAAGUAAACGUGAAAACUAAGGAGUUAUUAACAGAAAAGAAUGUAAACAAAGAGAAAUUCUCGUUCCUCUAGUCAGUAAAAAUAAAUUUCUUUUCAAUUUGCCGUUGAAUAAUGGGGUCGAAGUUUUUAGAGACCGCUGUUCGUCGUGCUGCAAAGUACGUUUUUGUGGGGUGUUCGUUCGACUCCCUGUGAAGGUCAUGGUAAAAUGUCUGUCCUACAGAGAAUAGAAACGCUUCAUUUAUUCUAUAUUUUCGAAGUACACCUGCUUCAGCGGAGUAAGAUUCGUCGUUAAACAUGCAAAAUUCAAAAAAAUAUUCUGCACUCAUGAGUGUCGGCCAUCCGACGAGAUUAAUUCGAAAUAUAGCGAAAAAAAUGACAAUAAACCGUUUCUACAGUGAGGAAUGUUUUCUUGAGGUUUUGCGGCCUAGAAGCUUCAAAGUAAGCAUCACGUUGGAACUUGAAGAGUAUUGAGGAAGAAAUCAAAAACUCGAGGAUUCGAAUAUCGUAAAAAUACGGUGUCAGGCUUAGUGCCAUCGAGAACAUUCUUAUGCGAACAGAUAAACUGAUGAUUUGGCAAGGCAUUUGUAGCUGCGUAUCCAACACCAACACGCUAAAUAAAUGAUGUUGUGCUGGCGCUAAACAUCUGAAGUUGCACACAAUAAUCUAAUGACAAUGCAAACUUCACAGUUGGCGGGAACAACGAUAAUCGCAGAUAUUGCUUACUGUACGCACUGAUAGGCAAAUGACUACUGAAGCGCCUGAAAUAGCUGUUUGAUAAGUGCACGUAUUUUCUGAAUAGACCACGUGGUCUGGUCAUGGCUAACUACGUUACUAUCAGUGUGAAAUAGUUUGAUUCGAAAGGUCUAUCGGUUGUCUGUCAUACCAACAAACCUAACCUACCACAGCAUAAAACAGCCGUUUACAGAAGACUUCAAAUAAAACUAAACUUUUAAGAGUGCGAUGAACACACUGAAGUCCAUAAUCUGCUACUUUUUUACUAAGCGUCUAGAAGAAAAGAAACACUAAAUAGUCGACGAUGAAAAAGUUAGUUAAAGUCGGUUACAAUAAUCUCGUCAUAGCAUAUGUAUUAAAAUUUAGAACGCGUUCCACGGAGGCGUGAAGGAUAGGAGACGAAAAAGAGUAAGAGCAAAAUCAUCACUUCAACUAACGUUCGUAUUUCAUUCAUAAAAAAAGUAAGAACAAAAAAUAUUUGCAAACCUGGAAAAGAAAAAUCGACAUUUACAUCUAAUCCUAAAACAAAGUAUCUAGUUGUACGGCGUAACCAUAAAACAGGUAGGCUAACGAAAAAACAUGAAAAGUAAAACGACAAAAAAACCCACAUAACCUGGGAUCGCGGUGACUAAACGGUGUUCUAUUGUUUAAUUUCUAUUUUUGAGACGUAUAUUUCCGUACCAAUUUGCAUACCGUAACAAGUGUAACGAGUGUAAUUGUUGUUGAUCGGUACCGAUCGAAUGAAGCCCAUUUAAUAUUUUGAAACCAUACCCUAAAGUUGUUAGUUGGAAGCUUGAAUCGAAACUGUUAAAUGAUCGAAACGGGGUGAAGGAAAAGAACGCAUAAUAAUAAAUACCAAAACACAGCCAUUUUUACACUAAACAAAAUGAAACUAUCGAUAAUCGAACGGCUAUUAUCUAAACUAAGCAAGGAGCAUAACAGUAAAUUUAUAUUCCAAAACGAAAACACACACACACAUUCAUUGUAACGAGUCACUCCCAUACAUUAUAGAAAGAAUACAGACAGAAGAAAAGCCUCUGUCGUGUUGGUAAAGGAACGAACUGUAGAGCAAAAGCCAACCAAUGCAUUUAGUAUAUGCAUAUGAUUACACUAAUAUUAGCAACCGGCUAGAUGGAAAGUUAGUAUCGAAACGAAAAUUUAGAUGGAAAAUGAUGACUUCGUAAGGAUGAAAAGGGUUUGAAAGAAUGUAAAACUUCUUACGAUGUAGAUACUUUUACGUUAAUUUGCUUGGUUCAGUAGUUUACAGGUUCAGUUAUUCGCUAGUUGUAGAAUGCAAAAGCAUGACGUCUUCGUGCCCCUGUAAUACAACAACAGAAAGCGUACUUCCAAUAAUCACCAAGUUGAUUUCUCAAUUGAGUUGCCAAUGUUUUUAACUCCAACCAGGAAGAAUAAUCUCAUACCAUUUGUCUUGUACACCAUACUCCAAACACUUUUAUUUUUACAUUUCGACCUUUUUGUAUUAGUAACGAGAUACUAAGGCCCCACGACUUUCUCCCGAAAACCAUUCCCCAACAUUUAAAAUAAUGAAGGAUUCUUCUCAGAAAGUAUCAUUAUUUAUAAAACUACAUUCACGAAAAAAUAAUUACUAGAAAACAAUCUAGUAGACCUAGAAACUUUAGGUCUCGAUACUUACAGUAUCGCAACCCAUUACUACGGAAUAUUUGUUUUAUUUCAAUUAUAGAGGCUUUAACCUUAAGGUCAUUUGCCACUUCGGGUCAAAAAAAACUUUCUAACCCUAUGUGCGGGGUUGAGAAUCAAUCCCAGGUGGGCUGAGUAAAAGGCAUCGACUAACCCAUCACGCUAUACCCGUCACCGAUGGAACAUUUUUUGACGUGAAUACGUCUUACUUUACUAUGGGGCGCCUUUCCAAAAUUUACCCUCUGGAAGAGUGGUUUUUAUCGUAAAUAUUUCUGUGUUUUAUUCAACGUAUCAUCAUAAUUUUUUUACACGUCAUCGGAGAUAUGAUCAGCAAUUUGGGAUAAAAUUUUCGGUAAUAUAACCGAAAAUAACACGAAAUUAAAAUUUCAUAUAAGUGAAAAAGGUAAAAAUUUGAUGCUUCUUUUAUUCUAGUCUGCGUAGUUGUUUUAUUCAGUUCGGAUCGGAAUCUAGGUCAUGGAUCCAAUUCUAGAGUUCAGUUCUGAAAUUUGGUUUCAAAAUCCAAGACCAGAUUUUAUUUUUCAUUUUCAUAAUCCAGAUCUAUUAUUCAGUUCCUCGUCGGGAAUCCAGGACCAGAAUUGAAAUCUAGAACAUAGAUCAGGAUCUUGGUUCUAGACAUAGACUUUGGAGUUAAAAUUUGGAAAAGAAAUUUUUGGACUUGAAUAUGAAUUUUGAAAUAGAAUUCUGGAUUUGAGAUUGAGGUUCAGACCAGAAUACAAUUGCAAAACUCCUAUCCAGAAUUCAGACUUAUAAUUCAAGUUCAGACUUCGGAAAUUGAGUUCUGAAUCUUAAGUUCUGGAACUGUAGCCCGAAAAUCUGGAUCAAACUCAGAUCUAAAACUCAGCUUUAUUUCCAGAAUUCUUUUCUAAAAUGCUUUCCAGAACCAGGUGUCAGUUAGAGAAUGCUGGUUUAGAAUUAGGAUCCAAAACUCACAAUUCUAAAGCAUGCUUCAUUUAAAAUUGGAACAAACUUUUGCUCAUAUUGUGGCGCUCCUGGUGGACGUCGUGUCAGGGAUUUUGCCAGCUUCCCGUAUGAUUUUUGACAUUCCGCAAAUCAACAUGGAAGCCGAAAGAAGGGAAAAAAUUGUGCACAAUUAUUUGGAAAAUCCAUUGUGGUCUGCAUCUAGGCUAGCUAAACAGCUGAAAUUGCCCAGAAAUACCGUAUGGCGCGUUAUCAAACGGUAUAAGGAAACAUUGACGACGAUUCGUAAGCCUCAAGCCAAUCGUCGGAGUGGAACUGUCGACCGGAAACUGCGUGGUAAGAUUUUGAAGACGAUUAAGAGGAAUCCUAAUUUGUCGGACCUGCCUAUAGUACCGUGCCUAUAGCUAGCAAACAGCCAAAUCGGGUCAAAAAACAGAAUAGUGUGGUCAAAAUUCAUGCUCGGAAACUAUAUGACCAAAUGCUGACCAAGUUCGACGGAUGUCUUCUGAUGGACGAUGAAAUCUUUGUCAAGGCUGACUUCGGCAAAUCCCAGGUCAAAAAUUUUACUUGGCAACGGCUCGGGGGAUGUUCCAGCCAAAUUGAAAUUCUUUUUUUCCGACAAAUUUGCAAGAAAAUUUAUGAUUUGGCAGGGCAUUUGCAGCUGUGGCAAAAAAAAACGAAAGUUUUCGUUACAAAUAAGACAAUGAUAUCGGAACUAUACCAAAAAGAGUGUCUCCAAAAACGAAUUUUACCGUUCAUUCGAUCCCACGACCAUCCCAUAAUGUGUUGGCCAGAUUUGGCAAGCUGUCAUUACAGCAAAGUCGUUCAAGAAAGGGGUCCAGUUUGUUCCGAAAAACCUUAACCCACCCAACUGUCCCCAGUUCCGCCCUAUUGAGAAAUACUGGGCAAUCAUGAAGAGGAGACUCAAGGCAAAGGGAAAGAUUGUCAAAGAUAUCAAUCAGAUGACGACCUGGUGGAAUAAGAUAGCUAAAACGAUGGACGAAGAAGGUGUGCGCCGCCUAAUGAGCCGUGUUACAGGAAAAAUUCGAGAAUUUCUUCGGAACCGUGACGAAUAAUUUUAUCCGUAAUUUUUCUUAAAAGUAUGAAGAAAACACCACAUUUGUAUAAAAAAGAUUUUGAAUUCAAUAAUAAAUAACUGAAAUACAGGCAAUUGUCUUUGUUCUAAUUCUAUCUGAAGCAAGCUUUAGAAGUGUAACUGAAUUCAGAGACUAGAUUUUGAAGAUUUCUGAACUAUAUUCCGGAUCUGGAUUAUACAACUUAGUUUCGAAGCUAAAUUCUGGAUCCGAUUUUGAAAAUUAUCUCGAAUUCAGUUACAGAUUCAGAAUUCAAUUCUUGAACUUAGUUUCAGAAUUCAGUGCCAGAGUCUAGCAUCUAAAUUGAGAUUCAGAAUUUAGGUCCAGAAUUCAUUUUAUUCGUAUUCAUGCCAUCCGGUUAUGUUUCUGACAUAACCCACCUCUCGUUUUUUUCUUCGACUUCGGCGAAGCGCCAAGCUCGCGCAUGUAUUGGUAUGACGUGGACUAGCCGUCGAUGAAAUUCGUUCUCGACUAUCUCGCUUCGCUUCACAGGUGCACUGAAAGAGAGUGCAAUGAGAGAAACCAGGCUCAUAAAGGCCAUGUUCACUGAGGAUUCAAUCAUUUCAAUUUCUCACACUUCGAGUAUACAGUUUUCCGAGUUCCUAGAAUUUGUGUUCUUGGGAAUCAGCACCAUUUAGGCAAUGAUUUUCUGGGAAAAUUAUUCUGGGGAAUGAUUUUCGAGAAAACGUAACAGUAUCGAUCCGACAGACAUAAUUGACUGAGAAACAGACACAUAGACACAGUCACGCAAACUUCUACUGAAUCAUACGAGUAUGUCUCUUUUUUCUACCCACACUUCUUGAAUAGAUUCCGGAAGCAAUGUCAGUCAACAGAGAUUUAUUACCAUACACAGGGUACAUGUACAGUUUCAUCGACCACAUUUCGGGGUGACUUGAUAGCAGAGCAGUUACACGGAUUGCAAAAAAUGUUUCCAUAAGUUUUCAUUCUCGUUUGCUUCAUUCAUUUGACUUUUAAAAUCUGUUUCUAAUUGGCAUCGGUAAAAACAACAAACUACUGCUUUUCAUUUACUCUUUGAUGAAGUCCUGAUAAACUAUCCUCACACGCGCAUUUGAUACAACUCUGCUAUAGCAUUCGAUAUAACCAAGAUCUCUCAUCGGCUUGGUUCAAUAAUUAUUUAUUUGUGAUUUAGGAAAUGUGUCCAAAACAAACGCUACUGUACAGAAAUAAUAUAUUCAUACUUCUUUUGCGUUUACUUUAAGUAUUUCUUUGUAAUGUUACGAAAAUUUAUAGGAACCAUUUUACCGAAUUGGAGUACACUAAUUCUAAGCGCUUCUGAGUGUACAUGUAAAAAUGUUCUGAAGGUAGAUUAUCAUAUGAAAACAAAAUCUACAUUCUUUCGAUGAUGGGAAGCAGUGUAACGCGUAAAGAUCGGGAAUGCAAAUCUUACAAAAUAACUCAGUAUUAUCUAGUGAUAAAGUUCCCGUGUCACUCGAAGUCAUUGUACUCACAGCAGAAAAAAGCAAAACAUUUCCUACAUCACACAGAUACACAGAGACAAAGUACGACGAAAGAUUGCAUUUCCCUUUCAUAGGGCUAGGAUGUUGGUGAACUGCAUUCUCAAAGAGUGGAACCGAUUAUUUUAUCGAACUGAAGUUGGCCAUGUAUCAAAACUACCUUCGUUAUAGUUUUGUGUAGAAUAUAAAAUUUAAGACGCUCACAUUUACUGAUUAUUGCUUACUACUAAACUAACUUAUUCGCGCCUGCUUCAAUUGUCUAAACGAACGGUUUAUCGACAAAAGAAAAAACCAAAUCUACUUAGUCAUUUUGUUUGAAACUCUAUACUCAAUGCUAAAUAAGUUCGAAUCCUAGUUUUGAUCGCUUUGAUUGCGUAUGCUCAUGUUUAUUCUGGUAGCGUGUUACGUUCUUUUAAGUUGCAAGUUUAGUGUUCAAGUAGUGUAUGUAUAUGACAAGAGGAAAGUAUACAAAAUUUUAUCAUAAAAAAACUAAUUUACUUAGAAGCUUCCUGAAGAUACAAACACAGAAAAUUAAAAAUAACAAAGAAAAAAAAUUGUGCUUCGAAAGAAGAAAAAGAACGUUUUACUCCAACUAGAGUUGGACAUUGAAGCAAGAUCAAAAAAGUAAAAUUCCGAUUCGGAUGACAGAUGUAAAGUAGAACACGGAAUAAAAUGAAAACAUAAACGUAUAUCUCUUAUAUAAUUUUGUGAUUUUAUUUUUACUAUUUUAUUUACAUUAUACACAUACAAGACAAGAAAAUUGAAAGAUAGAGAAUAAAUAUAUAAAGUUUACUAACGGACAACUAUGAGCAGUGAAACGAAACGUGUGGAAGAAUUCAACCGCGAGCGAUUGCCUCGAGCGCAACAGCAAUUGUUACUAGACGGACAGCGAGAACCACGUAAAAUAGAAAUCACACACACACACACACACACACACACACACACACACACACACACACACACACACACACACACAGUCACACAUACACGAGAACAACACGUGAAAAGGAAACAUAAAUAGAUAUCCUAAAUUUUAUAAAAAUUAACGAUAAAAAUACUGCGAUUAAUAAAAAAUAAUAAAGAAAAAUUGAAUCGA